AUGAUUGUCGGCUUUGCGUCAUUUAUUGCAAUCGUGAUUGUCCUUGCCACUUUCGACCAACAACAGCUUCCAAACUGGCCCCUUAAAAUCUCACUCAAUACGUUCCUCGCAUUCCUGACUAUUGUCGCGAAAGCAGCCUUUAUGUUCCCGGUCUCGGUAGCUAUCAGCCAAAUCUCAUGGAGCUGGUCUCACACAGUCGACCAAUUUACGACUUUCACCUCAUUGACCAAGCAAGGACCCCUGGGGUCCGCUCAACUUGUCUUUCGAAUGCGCCACAAGCAUUUCAUCACUCUAGGCGCUCUUCUCAGUAUAGUCAGCGUCAUUACCUCCCUCAUUCCACAACUUGCCAUUAGCUAUCCCUUACGAACGGUUGUAGGUACAGAAGAGGCUUUGGUCUCAGCGUUACAAAGUCUGAACCACCUGACGGAUGACCCGGGCCACGCAACAAGCAAUGCAGUGGUGGAAGCUUCAAAGAGAUGCCAAUACCGUACGGAGGACUUUGCCCGACAGGAAAUUGCACCUUUGGUCUUUACUCUUCUCUUGUUGUCUGUAUGA